AUGGUGCAGCAAACACACGAACAUUGCAUAGUGGACGACAUGUUGCCGCGAUUUUACGUUAGAUUGGAGCAUAUCUUUGGUUUCCUGGCUGUGCUGUUGUCUACCAUCAGCAGAUCUUUGGAGAACCCUGAUAUCCAAUCUGACAGAUGGAAUUUGCCAGGAGAAAGUUAUGAAUCAGCCAUCUGGGAAAGAAGACCUUCAGUGCGUAAGGGGAGACCACCGGGUUGCUGCCCUCCUGAAUUGUACCUUGGGUUUGGAAGCGCCACUUCAUACAGUGAUCAUGACAGUAGUGUCACAACUGCUGAUGCACCCUGCAGCAACCACGCCGACUUGGAUCUACAGGAGGUUCAAUUUAGGAGUGAUAAAUUGGGAAAGAUGACUGAUGCCAUCACAAUUGCCGUCUGGGUUAACUUGCGAACCAUCCAAGGCAUUCAGCCAAUUCUGGUCGUAAGAGGACAAAAUGGCGAGCUUCGAUUUGAGGUUGCUGAAGGUCACGUUACUUGGUUACACACCACGUUACGUUCACAAAUACCAACAUUUGCACUAAUAAGCAGUGAACAAGUUUUAGAAAAUAAAUCGUGGACGCAUAUCGUAGCGCUAUACGAUGCUUACAACAGUCGCGCCGCGGUAUUCGUGAACGGAAAGGAAAUACUUCAGGGCCCUAGUGCUGGUGGAUCACUGGAACUAACGUGGGAUGAACUCCAUGCUAUCGGUCGAUAUAAAGUCAACGAGGGACUAGAGUUUAAAUUGAAAGGGCUUCUUGACGAGUUCUACAUCUACUUCUGUGCUCUUCCAAGAAUGGUAAUUCAUAGACUUUUCCAAAUCUGCCACAUCGAUGGAAAAUGCGCUCCCUCGCGACCAGGUCUCGAUAGGGUAUGUGACGUCAGGGCAUUCCGUUGUUGGAAUGGACGAUGCAUAAGGCAGGAGUGGAAGUGUGACGGAGAGAAUGACUGUGGAGACUGGAGUGAUGAAAUUGGAUGUGAUGGCUUUUGUGAGCCUGGGGAGAAAUUCUCGGUCUUUCAAGGACGAUGCAUAUCGUGCUUUUGUAUGGGACGUUCUCAGAAUUGUAGCAGUGCAAGAGUGUACCGUGGCAGGCUCGCUCUAGAAUUGAAAACUGAUGCCCGUCUCACUGAUGUGCCAUUGGUGGAUGUGCAUGGAUCUUAA